AUGAACACAUGCUAUGAGAAUACAAGUCUUGCUGAAAUUGAGUGUUUGAUGCAGUAUAUGGGGGAGCUUGGAGUACAUUUUGGGGUGUACCGUAAUGAUGAACUUACCAUAGAGGAUGUAAAGAGGAUGAAGCCACGAGGAAUACUUAUUUCUCCAGGGCCUGGCGAACCACAAGAUUCAGGUAUAUCAUUGCAGACUGUUCUGGAACUCGGGCCAACCAUCCCAAUAUUCGGAGUUUGCAUGGGUCUGCAGUGCAUUGGAGAGGCUUUUGGAGGGAAGAUUAUUCGCGUUCCUUCUGGUGUGAUGCAUGGAAAAAGUUCCCCAGUUCACUAUGACAAAGUUUUAGGAAAGGCCAUAUUCGAGGGCUUGUCAAAGUAUGAUUUCUCGACAGUUCAGUAA